CCAUGAAACUUGCUACGGGUGCCCGGUUCCUCUCUAGGAGGCUUUACUCUGCAAAAGCUGCUCCAAAACCCGAAGCAAGUGGACAGGCACGCCUUAACCCGGAGGAGCUACAGCUCACAAAGCUACCAAAUGGAUUGGUGAUUGCAUCUUUAGAAAAUUAUUCCCCAUCAUCCAAGAUUGGCGUAUUUAUAAGGGCAGGAAGCAGAUAUGAAAAUGCCAGUAACCUUGGGGUUAACCAUGUGCUUCGUCUUGCAUCCAGCUUGACAACCAAGGGUGCAUCAGCAUUUAAAAUAACCCGUGGAAUUGAAGCUGUCGGUGGUGGAUUAAGUGUGACCUCUACAAGGGAAAAUAUUGUUUAUUCAGUUGAAUGUCUGCGAGAUUAUGUAGACACUGUAAUGGAAUACCUCAUCAAUGUUACCACUGCACCAGAAUUCAGGAGAUGGGAGGUAUCUGAUCUUCAGGCAAAAGUAAAACUUGAUAAGGCCUUUGCAUAUCAAAACCCACAAGUCGGAGUUCUUGAAAACCUUCACGUAGCAGCAUACAGAAAUGCACUUGCUAACGCCUUGUACUGUCCUGACUACAGACUUGGAAAAGUUACAUCAGAUGAGUUGCAGCAGUUUGUACAGAACCAUUUUACAAGCCCAAGGAUGGCACUGGUUGGAUUAGGUGUGAGCCACUCGGUUCUUAAACAAGUGGGGGAGCAGUUCCUGAAUAUAAGGAGUGGAUCCGGUUCUGCCGGUGUGAAAGCACAGUAUCGUGGAGCCGAAAUCCGAGAGCACAAUGGAGAUAACCUUGUUCAUGCAGCCAUUGUUGCUGAAGGAGCAGCCACAAGUAGUCAUGAGGCAAAUGCAUUUAGUGUACUGCAGCACAUUCUAGGCGCUGGGCCCUUCAUCAAACGAGGAAGCAAUGCUAGCAGCAAACUGUCUCAGGCUGUUAACAAGGCAACCAAUCAGCCAUUUGAUGUGUCUGCUUUCAAUGCCAGCUACUCGGAUUCUGGUCUUUUUGGUGUUUACACUGUCUCUCAGGCAGCAGCAGCAAGUGAGGUUAUCAAUGCUGCUCUUAACCAAGUGAAGGCAGUGGCUCAGGGCAAUGUCACAGAAGCUGACGUUACUAAGGCAAAGAACCAGCUGAAAUCCCAGUAUUUGAUGACUCUGGAGAGUUCCUGUGGUCUGCUAGGUGAAAUUGGCUCCCAGGCAUUAGCAUCUGGAACAUAUGUAACCCCAACUGAAACAAUCCAGCAGAUAGACUCUGUAACCAGUGCCGACGUUGUCAGUGCUGCAAAGAAGUUUGCAUCUGGAAAGAAAUCUAUGGCAUCUUCUGGAAAUUUGGAGAAUACGCCUUUUGUUUCUGAUCUGUGAUUCUGAUUUAUAAUGCUGAUUCUCUGCAUAAAGAGUGUAUACUUGAUCUAUUGUGGAAAGAGGGGCUGAUUUAUGUAAUCAAUUCUCUGUUUAUAGGUUAUAUGUAUAUUUAUCAUAGCAGACACCAGAGAAUGGAAGCAGGAUAAGGUUACUGUCACAGUUUUGGAAAAAAAAACAUCCUGGUUACUGACUGGCCUAAAGGCAUUUAAGUCAAACAUUCAAUUAAAGAAAUAUUUCUUUAUCUGA